CACCUGGGUCCUGUCACGGUUAGAGGUGGCUGGAGGCGCACAGUUCCCUCGGCAGCAGCUGCACGGGCGGAGUCUGCGCGAUGGGCGACCCGGAAAGGCCGGAAGCGGCCAGGCCCGAGCAGGGUGAGAGGUUAUCUCCAGAUACCAAUGAAGAUGAAGAGCCGCUGCUGAAGAAGAGUUCUCGCCGCUUCGUCAUCUUUCCAAUCCAGUACCCCGACAUAUGGAAAAUGUAUAAGCAAGCACAGGCAUCCUUCUGGACUGCAGAAGAGGUUGACUUAUCAAAGGAUCUCCCUCACUGGAACAGACUUACAUCAGAUGAGAAAUAUUUUAUCUCUCAUGUCUUAGCCUUUUUUGCAGCCAGUGAUGGAAUUGUAAAUGAAAAUUUGGUGGAGCGCUUUAGUCAGGAGGUGCAGGUUCCAGAGGCUCGCUGUUUCUAUGGCUUCCAAAUCCUCAUUGAGAAUGUCCACUCAGAGAUGUACAGUUUGCUAAUAGACACUUACAUCAGAGAUCCCAAGAAAAGGGAAUUUUUAUUUAAUGCAAUUGAAACAAUGCCAUAUGUUAAGAAAAAAGCAGAUUGGGCCCUGCGAUGGAUAGCAGAUAGAAAAUCUACUUUUGGGGAAAGGGUGGUGGCCUUUGCUGCUGUAGAAGGGAUUUUCUUCUCGGGAUCUUUUGCUGCUAUAUUCUGGCUAAAGAAGAGAGGUCUGAUGCCUGGACUCACUUUUUCCAAUGAACUCAUCAGCAGAGAUGAAGGGCUUCACUGUGACUUUGCUUGUCUGAUGUUUCAGUACUUAGUAAAUAAGCCUUCAGAAGAGAGGGUCAGAGAGAUCAUCGUUGAUGCUGUCGAAAUUGAGCAGGAGUUUUUAACAGAAGCCUUGCCGGUUGGCCUCAUUGGAAUGAACUGUAUUUUGAUGAAGCAGUACAUUGAGUUUGUAGCUGACAGGUUACUCAUGGAACUUGGAUUCUCAAAGGUUUUCCAGGCAGAAAAUCCUUUUGAUUUCAUGGAAAACAUUUCUUUAGAAGGGAAAACAAAUUUCUUUGAGAAACGAGUUUCAGAGUAUCAGCGUUUUGCAGUUAUGGCGGAAACCACAGAUAAUGUCUUCACCUUAGACGCAGAUUUUUAAAACCCUCUCCUAUUUUAAAACUCUGAAUCCAUCAUUGGUAAACAGAACUCUGGUUCCCUCUGCUUCCCCCCCCCCCUCCCCCACCAAACCUGAAAUAUCUCCCGUAAGGGGGUGGGGAUUUGCUUAAAAAGAAAAUCCAAACCAAACUUCAGUCAUGUUUGCUUUAUAUCCAGACACUUGUGAUCUUCCUGUGUGACAGCAAGGAUGUGACCUGUAUUCACCGGAAUAUAAGAUGGCAUUGUAUGGUGAUUGACAGCAUGGGGUGAAGGGUCAGAUACGCAUUUGAAAUCCUGUCCUUAUUCCUUUGUGUGACCCUUGGCAAGUCAGUUUUUCUGUAAACCUCAGUGUUUUUAUCUUUUAAAUGGGUCUAAUAGGAGGUCCUAAAUGUGCAAUGUGGAUAUGAGAAUUAAGUUGGAAAAAUACCACAACCACCACCAUUUCUCAUUAUUGUGGUGACUAAUAGUGUUAGUUACAGUAAUGUUGUGACAAAGUGCUCUUAUCUCCUUAAAGUAGUUGUGAUUCUAGGUCUAAGAUCUAAGAUUUAGCGGACUUUUGCAUUUUCAAUAUUUGGGAGAAGAGUAUAAGAAUUUCCUUAAAAGGAUGGUAUUCUCAUUAAUGUGAGAAAUAACUUCUUUGAAUUUCCCAGAAGGAAAUUUAGUUCUCUGUUGUUUUGGGAAGGAUGCUUUCAAAGAAUCCAUAAGGUUUUCGUGGCAAUUGGCCUUAUAAACAAAAUAAUUCUUCGGAAAUGAUAAAUGUUCACUAUUGGCAGAUUUAGCUCUGCGAUGUUUAGACCCGGGAUGCAUCGGCUAGAAUAGUGUUUCCUAAAGAGUAUUCUCAGAGCUAUUAGCCCUUCUGGAUACUUAGUGGGAAAUAAAGGAAUUUAGUGGUCAAAUGAGUUUGGCAAAUGCUAUGUGCGCCAUUCCAGUUCAAUGUACAAUUAGUACAUUAAAGACUGAGAAAUUCUGCAGUAAACAUAUGUCAACCUGCAUAUUCCAGACUUUCUUAACACGGAUAUGCUUUUCACCUGUUAACAUCUUAUCCUGCUGAUGCUGUUCAGAACAUAGGAUGGGGAAUGCUGGUCAGGCACCCAUUAUACAUAGAGGAAGGGCUUAUGGACCAAGAAAGAAAGAACACGGCAGGGGUUAUUAAACUGUUCCAAAUUUUGUGCCAAGCCGAGGAAUGUGCCUGUGAUUGGCUUUGGCUUUGUUUCUUAGUUUAUCUCCUUAAAACUCUUUUAUACUGUUAUAAGAGAGUUUUUCUUUUUAUUUUUUUAAAAGAUUUAUUUAUUUACAUGAAAGAGUUAUAGAGAGAAAGAGAGAGGGAGAGAGAGAGAGAGAGAUCUUCCAUCCUCUGGUUCACUCCCCAGAUGGCCAAAUGACCAAGGCUGGGCCAGGCUGAAGCUAGGAACCAGGAGCUUCUUCCAGGCCUCCCAUGUAGAUAGCAGGGACCCAAGUACUUUGGCCAUCUUCUGUUGCUUUUCCCAGGCUGUUAAGCAGGGAGCUGGAUCAGAAGUGGAACAGUCAGGACUCAAACUGGUGUCUUUGUGGGAUGCCCUCACUGCAGGCGGUGGCUUUAUCCCCUAUGCCACACUGUUGGCCCAAGAGAGUUUUUCUAGUGGAACGAUGCACGUUGCAGGGUAGCAGAUGGUAAGGGUGACAGGGGUCUCUCGAAGAGACUGAGGGGAGGCCGGGAACCAAGGUUUCUGAGAAGUCUGUCCCCCUUUAAUUUUAGGAAGUAUGAUGAGGUCCCAUUAAGCACUGAUUCCCCACUCGCAGCAAACUCUACUUUAUAAAGUUCUGGAAGUUAAAAUGUAGAGGUUUUCUCUUGGUGUGAGGUUUUUUUUGUUUUUUUUUGUUUUUUUUUGUUUUUGUUUUUGUUUUUGUUUUUCAUUCAUUCUGCAAUUAUCUAAUUGAUCAAAACUGGGAAUUCUCAAGUGAAUGCAAAAGGCGAGCCUACCUAGUUAUUAGAGAAAAUAUCAGACACCAGCACUGUUUGGUGUAUGAUUGCACCGUCUGUGUGUUCAGGGCUUCCCGGUUAAGCUGGUGUUUUUACAUCUCACUUUCUCUCACAAUAGCCUUAUGAACCUGAAGAACAGCUCUUGUUGCAGUAUCACAGAUGGAGAGAGUGAGGCUCACAGAAGUUAGAGGACUUGGCCAGGAUCUCGUAGUUACUGCCCCUGCUGUAUAAUUUUGUGUUGAGAUUGUCAUGUCUUAUCUAGUUAGUUCUUUGCCAUCCAUCUUGAUUUGAUUUUUGGCUAUUCUCUCAUUAAUUAGAAUAUCAUAUAGUAUCAGCAUUAAUGUAUAUGAAACUUUAAAGUAUCAAAAUACACAGAAACUUUUUGAAUUAUAUCCAGGUGAUAAGUUCGAAGAUAUUUAUCUACUGCCAUACAAAAACUUAACAUUUAAAAUUGAUGAUAUCCAAGGGCAGGCGUUUGGCACAGCAGUUACGGUGCUGCUUAGAAUACCUACAUCCCAUAUCAGAGCGCCUGGUUCAGGUCCCUGCUCUGCUUCCGAUCCAGCUUCCUGCUACUGCCUAUUCUGGGAGGGCGGCAGAUGAUGGCUUAAGUACUUAGAUUGCUGCCAUGCAUAUUAGAGAGCUGGAUUGAGUUCCUGGCUCCUGGCUUUGGCCUGGUCCAGCCCUGACUGUUGUGGGCAUUUGGUGAAUGAACCAGUGGACGGUAGAUGUAUUUGUCUGUCAAUCUUUCUUGCUCUGUCUUUCAAAUAAAAAAAAAAAAGAAGCAUGUUAAAAAAAAAAAAAAACAACUCUGCCAAUGUCUGUAAUAAUGUCACAAUGGAAGAAAAAUUUUACAGAGCAUAUUCCUUUUGUUUUGAAUCUAAAUCUGUCUCAUAGAUAAUGACAGGUGCCUUAAUGUGAAGCUUAUUUAUAGUAGUGAUAAACCUAACUGCAUUUGGAUGAAGAUGUCUUAAUAUAAAAUACUGGAUUUUAAUACACUGGUUUGUUAUGUUUAGUAUUCUCUACCUUUUCUGGGCUUCCAGGCUGCACAUUUAUUUAUGAUGUUUGACACUGUAAUUCUUAGUUCUUAAUCAGCUGUGGAAUCUCUUUUUAAUAUUAUCUCAUAGGUAAAGAAAAAAAAAGCAUGUGUACAACUGUUUUCUCUUUUUAAAGCACUCAUAUUUAAAUCAUUGCUAUAGUAACUAAGGUUAAGUUAAUUAUAUAGAAAUAUAAGAACUUACAGUUCCAUGAUAGACUCCAUUUGCUAAGAUUUUUCUAUUGUAGCUCAUAGAAUUAUGGCCUGGAAGGACUUGGGAAAGUAGCUUGAUACAGUGCUGGGUUUUUCUGUCCAAUUAUAUACAAUAAUAAUUAUUCUUGCAGUGUAAGCUGAUCCUAGCCAGAUCCUGAUAUAUGAAACUUUUAUAGUUGUCGCAUUUUGGAGCAUCUAGGGCUUUCUGCUUUAUUUUUCCUUUGUGCAUGGAGAAGGUGAUGAUUGAGAAGACAUGGCAGUUUACAUGUGUAACAACUUAUUUAAUAUCCAGAAUUUUGCAUUUUUACACUCUAGCAAUCACUGUCAUAGAAUUCCCACAUUUCCUUUUAGUAGGUGAAGCUGGAGGCUGCCUGUCCCAGCUGGUUUUCCAUGAUGACGCUGCUAGGAUGGGCUGCGUGAGGGCCCAGCAGUCCUAUAGGCAGGGAUUGUGUUUUGAACCCGGCCGAGGGACCUGUCAGCCGCCUCAGGGAAUCUUCCCCAGCAGAAUCUUGGGUGGUGACACAGAAGUGAAAUCUGUUGUCUUGGUUCCUCACCAUUUCCUUUUAUUCUAUUUUUGUUAUGUUUUGUUUUUCUUUUUUCCUUUUCCCUUUAAAUGGUUCUGCUGUUUUGUAAACAGCUACUGAUCUGAAGGAGGAUCUGAUAUUCCUGAGGCCUUAGAAGAAAGAAAUUAGUCUUUCAAAUACAGAUGUUCUGUUAAAGAAGAUGUGUGUGAAAAAUGGAGGGCUGAGAGUGGCUUUUUAUUCUUAGGUGCAGGAAAGAUUCCCAAUAUUGUUACCUUGUGUACUUAACUCUUUUGAGGCAACAUUUUGAUUUUUCCAAAUGUCUGGUUAUUUAACAAAAUCAUUUGGUAUCUACUGUAUAUGUGAAAAGCUUUUUUAGGUGUGAUGUAGCUAAAUGCUUUUUUUGUUAAAAUAUCUAAUUAGUCAAGCCUACUUUGCUUGUACAGAAUUUGGGUUUCAUCCAAAGAAAGGAGUUGUUUUGUUAUUUUUGGCUUAAUAUAUUGAAAUAAACUAUUUCAUAGCUACA